AGUCGAUCGAUGACGGGAAGUAGGCGCUUCAUCUGGAGCGAGGAUAGUCGGGAAUCUCAAAAAGCAGGAUUGAGUGAGUCCACUGACCCGGCAUGGGGGACAUGAAAACCCCCGAUUUCGAUGACCUGUUGGCAGCAUUUGACAUUCCUGAUAUUGAUGCCAAAGAAGCUAUCCAAUCAGCCCCGGAUGAGGUAGAGGGGCAUCAAGGAGCAGGUGGAACAUCGCUUAUAAAAUCUGGUGAUGCUUCAGUCGGUGAAAGUCCAGCCUUACGGUCACCCAGCCCAUCCACGGAUUCCCAGAGCGACCCAUCUAUUGUCAGUGUGAUUGUGAAGAACCGCGUUCGUCCUGAGCCAUUUGAUGGUGGCGAGAAUUCAGUACCAGACCCACUUAACCAUAAUGGAUUUGUGUCAUCUGGUGGGUCAGUACAUAUGUCUCAGUCUCGAGGCCAGCCUAAUGGUGAACAGUGGCCUGUAUGUAGCUCCAAGGCAAUUCCAGAGACUGCAGGACAGCAUGGAUCUUCUGGCAGUUCCAAACAGGGGAGCAACAUCUUCAAUAAGCUGAAGCCUUUGAUGGCACAAGGUGCUGGAGACUCUGUUGGGAGGGCACGGAAAAUGCAGCUUCUGCAACAGCAGCAUAUGCAGCAGGAGAUGAACCUUGAAGGUGCGGACAAGGCAAAAACUCCUGCAAAUCCAAGUGGGGCAAGCGGAGCAGCAUCUCCUUUCUUUCCUCCACCUAAGCCACUUCUUUCUACACCCUCCACAGCCUCAUCUUCCUCGCCAUCAUCAUCAUCUCCCUCAGUUGGCUCCAGAGUGUCUGGCGCCGUGGCCUCAUCUCCGCUUGCCACUUCUUUAACAGAGCCCUUUAACGGAUCACCACGUCUUAGUUCGUCUGCAUUCAGACGUGCAGAUUCAGAAGAGGAGGACUCAGAUCCUGAUUCUGGAGGGUCCUUAGUCAUUCAUGAGAGUCCGGACUCCCCUACCCCUCCAAAACUUUCACGCCGACUUCGAUCACCCCCUGAAAAUUUACAGUCUCCUUCUAUUCCCCCUUCAACAUCUAUAUCACCCAGUGCUUACCCCAAACCAGGUGACGUCCCCUUAGCAUCACCUGCGUCUCCUCGAGCGCAACAGAAUUGGCUGUCAACACCAGCCCAAACAGGAAAUGGAAAAAGUUUACCUCAAGAAGAGAGAAACCCAGAACAUGUGAUUGAAGAACGAGAUUCUCCUGAAAGCCCAGAGCCUGAAAUGCCCAAGUCCUCCAUGCCAACAUCUGCAGUUACUAAAAGAUCCUGUAGCCCAGCGGCUGCCUCAUCCCCAUCUGCAGCCCUUUGUGAUCCCAAGGAAGAAGAUGAGGAGAUGGAAGUAGACAAAGCAUCAGCAGAGAAUGGACAAGAUGCAGAGAACACAGAUGGUGGUAAAGGGGAUACAGAUAAAAUAGAGGUAGAUCCUGCGCAAUCCCUUGAAGCAGAGACUGGCUCGUCAACAAACAGUGAUGGAAAAGCUGCAACUGGUGGCAAAGCUCCUUCUAGACCUCUUAAAGUCCGCAUCAAGACCAUUAAGACGUCUACAGGGGGCAUCACCCGCACUGUUACUCGAGUAGCAGGUAAGGGAGGUGCUGCUGCCAAUGCAGGAAAAGAUGCAAAUAAAACUCAAACAGGAGGUCGAGCUGGUCCUGUGAAAGGUGGCAAAAAAAAUGACACCACUGCUGGUCAAGGGGUAAAAUGUUCAACCAUACCAGUAUCCACUUUAGAAGCCAGUAGUGCCAUGCUUGCUGCAGCCAGCAAGGUUCAAAACAAAAUGACCAUGCAGUCAGAUAAAACUAGAGUCUCUGCCACAGCAGUGAGCAUAACAAAAGCCACCACUUUGCCUGUCGCACCAGCUGUCGGCGGGAUAAGCGUGCGUCCUGCAGUUAGUAAAACCACCAAUGGAGGUACUAUGCCAUGUAAACCAGCAUCUAUCGUCAACAGCACUGGUGCUGUUAUUUCUCGAAGCCAGUCCAGCUUAGUCGAGGCCUUUAACAAGAUCUUAAAUAGCAAGAACUUGCUUCCUAGUUACCGUCCAGAUCUCUCAACCCUUCCACCGCCUGAAUGGGGUCUUCCUAUGCCUGCUGCUGGCUACCGCUGCUUGGAGUGUGGAGAUUCUUUCGCUCUGGAGCGCAGCCUGGCAAGACACUACGACCGGCGCUCUUUGAGAAUAGAGGUGACGUGCAAUCACUGCGCAAAGCGGCUAGCUUUCUUCAACAAGUGCAGUCUGCUGCUACAUGCUCGCGAACACAAGGAACGAGGCCUGGUCAUGCAGUGCUCCCAUUUGGUUAUGAGACCAGUUACAGUGGAGCAGAUGAUUGGCCAGCAGGACACUACUCCCAUUGGUAUGCUUUCUCCGUCACUUUCCUCUCCACCUAUGACAUCCUCCACUACCCCUUCAGGGACAAUCCCUGCACCGUCCACUUCCAGUCCACUUAAAGAUUCCCCCUCUCCAGGCACGGCUUCAAUCCAGCCCAGUCCUGCCCGUCGUGGACCCCAGAGUCCUCAGGCAUUAAUGCCGCUACCCUGCAAGAAAGGCGAGGCUCUGCAAUACCACAACUUCAAGUGUCCAGAAUGUCAAGCCCAGUUUUCAAGCAAGGCUGAAUUAGUGACCCAUUUCCAGCAAAUCAGAGCUACUCCUAACUCGACUUGUACACUUUGUUCUCCUCCCAUGAUGCUGCCUAACUGGUGCAGUGUGUCGGCUCAUCAGCGGAUCCAUAAACACCGCGCUCCCCACGUGUGCCCAGAGUGUGGUGGCACUGCCCGCCAGGCCACAUUUCAGACGCAUCUGGAAGAGUCCUGCCUGCAUUUUGCUAGGCGCAUCGGCUACAGGUGCUCCAGUUGUCAGGUUGUGUUCGGAGGUUUGAACUCUAUCAAGUCCCACAUUCAGACAGCUCACUGUGAGGUGUUUCAUAAGUGCCCCAAUUGCCCGAUGGCCUUCAAAUCUGCCCAAAGCGCCCAAGGGCACAUCACUUCCCAGCAUCCCGCACUCACAGCUGCACAGGCCAAAAUGAUCUACAAGUGUGUCAUGUGCGAUACAGUUUUUACCCAGAAACCUUUGCUGUACAUGCAUUUUGACACUCACUUGGCCAAACAGAAGGUGCAUGUGUUCAAAUGUCCAGAUUGCACUAAACUUUAUGCCCAGAAAGGCUCCAUGAUGGAACACAUAAAGACCGCUCACAGAGGCCUGUCUGUCAAAGCUGAGACUCCGCCCACCACCUCUUCUCCUGUCUCCGCCCCUGCCGGUAACUCCACCUCUAAACCCAAACCAGCAGAAAACAAUUCAGAUGAGCUGAGCCAGGGGCCAGGAGAGGAGGAAGAGGAAGGGGAAGACGAGGAGGGAGAGCAGGAAGAAGAAGAGAGAGAGGAUGAAGAAGAGGAGGAGAAUGAGGAGGAGGAGCAGGUGAGCUCGCCAGAGAGCGGGAAUAUGGAGUGGAGGUGCAAGGAGUGCAAGAAGCGUUUUCCAGAGAGAGAGGAUUACAUCGACCACAUGAAGAAUGAACACGGCACGGUAAUGAAGAAAUUUCCCUGCAGAUUGUGUGAACGUUCAUUCAGUUCAGCCAACAGUCUUCGACGACAUGUCCGAAUAAUACAUGAGGGCGUCAAGAGAGUCUUCCACUGCCCGCACUGCUCAGAAGGCAAGCGAACAUUCAGUAGUCGUCUGAUUUUGGAGAAGCACAUUCGGGUCAGGCACGGCAUCAGAUCGCGACAAACAACAGACAGAACGAAUGCUCCAAACACCAGAAAGCGCUCUCUUCCAGCUGACGGAGCCGGCAGUUCAUCAGAGCUCGACAACGAGGGCGGAGCUGCACCAGCAGGGGGCGGCACCGACACCGAUGACGUCCCUGGAGAGGACACCUCGGGUCCAGCUAAGAGAAUGCGAGCAUCUGAAAACCGUCCGGUGGAGCAGGAGGAAGAGGACGGCACGUUCCGCUGCACACCCUGCGGCUUCACCACACAGGACUGGGAAGAGUUUCAGCGGCACAUUCCCGUCCACUGUGACGCAGAGAACGCGCCCCAGCAGUGCCUGCAGUGCGGAGCCUGUUUCGCAUCAGCCGGGUCCCUCAGCCGACAUAAAUUCAUCACGCACCGCUUACGCCAAGGCCAGCAUGACAGAAACGCAUCGCCCGGUGCAUCACCGCAGUACGGAUCCCCAUCCUCACCGAAAGCGGGUGAGGAUGGGGACGGAGGGGUCAGCUGUAGGGUGUGUGGACGACGCUUCGAUAAAGCCUCGGACCUUAACACACACUUCCGCACGCACGGCAUGGCCUUCAUCACAGCACACAGGACCGAUAAGCCCUUGUAGAACGAGAGGAAGAUAUAAAAUAGGAAAAGCCAUUGAAAAAUGGGACACAAGCUAUGGAAUAUCCUAUUAGAUUAUUGCAUUUAAUCUGGAAAACGUAACGUUGUUAUGAUCGUAAGGUGACCUGUCUUCCGAAAAAACAAAGAUAUUAAAAGAUAUUUGCUCUCUCUUUGUAAUAUCCCAAACUUUUUCAUUUUCCCAAGGUCAAGUUGUAUCUAAGAUUCGUUUGUCUUGCUUGAAAACUACUAAAGCAGUUUGGCGUCUGCCAGGCUUUUUGCGUUCAUCCACAAACAUUAAAGCAAAAAGGUGCUAGUGAAGGGUUUGUUUUUUUUACAAAUAAAGGAAAACACUGACUUUUAAAUGUAACUAUUGUACAGACAUUGUAGUACUGAUAUUUAUUUAUAUUGAAGCAUUCAUCAGUCUUUUGAUAAUCACUGAGAACUUAAAUAAGAAGUGAAUGGAACGUUUGUUGUGUCUGUGAGGAGAUGUACAGCAGAGGUCAAAUAUGGAUUGUAAAGUUUAAAGUCAUGAAAGGUCAAUAUAAUUAAACAUGAAUUCAUUUCAGUCACAGAUAUACACUCGAGCACAUUUUAUAUGUGUAUAAAUGCAGUACAUCACUUUGAUAUGGUUGUUGCAUUGGAAAUGUGAAUACGUUGAGUCUUUGUAAUUUUUUUAUUAUUAUUAUUAGCUAAAAGUGGAUAUUAAAAUACUGCUAGUGAAAGUUUGCGUUCGGAGCCUGAUGUAAUUUUUAUGACUUCAUCUGAAUCCAAAAUCGACACUGAGUUUGAAGGACUGCUUGUAUGUUUUAUGACAAAUUGUGUACAAAUAUGAAUGUCGUUUGUGUAUUUUUUUUUUCUUUGAUAAGAGUCUUUUCUAUCAGGAUGUUCUGUGCUUGUUGAAAACCACAUUUCUUAAAAUAUUAUUGUGAUCGUGUGAAUUAUGUGUGAGUGUGACUUUCUAUACCUUCAGUAAUAUAUGUAUAUGUCCCAUACAUAGACAGUCUAUAGACAGCCAUCUUAUUCUGUGAUGACCUGCCUGUUUCACUGCCGUACAUCUGUGUCAGUUCUCUUUCUAAAUAAAAUGGUAAAAUGG